AUGCAUAUCAAAGCGAAUAAAGACUUGAAAUUGGAGGAAAAAAGACCACUCAGCGUGGCAACGGUUGAAGAAGCUCUGACAGCGACAGGUUUCGGCAAAUACAACUUCGGCCUCCUGUUAAUAUGCAGUUGGACGCUUCAGGCGAUGGGCAUGGACCUAUUCGGCACCAGCUUCGUGGUGGCAGCCGCCGUCUGUGAUCUCGAGUUAUCACUGCAGCAAAGGGCGCUUCUGACAGCCACACCUUUAGUGGGUGUGGUCUUGGGUGCCCAACUUUGGGGCUACGUGUCCGACACGAAGGGUCGCCGCCUCACACUGGUUCUGUCCAUGGCCGUCGGCUUCGUGUUCGCAGCGCUCAGCAGCUUCGCACCUGAUUGGAAGACUAUGGCUUUUAUGAAACUCAUUUCGUCUACCUUCACAUCAGCCACUAAUUCCGGCGCAUACACCUUACUCGGUGAGAGUUGCCCUGAGAGGUCCCGAGGGCGAAGUAUGUUGCUUUGCACCUGCUCUCUUAUGUGCUCACAGGCUGUAGUCGCGGUAUUCGCCUAUCCAAUUCUACCGAUGAAGUUCUCCUACUGGAUUGACUUCCUCGGCAUCUACUACAGACCUUGGAGGCUACUCGCUUUCGUCAUGGCACUGCCAUGUGCAGCCACCGCUUGUUUGCUACAAUUCUUUGAGGAAAGCCCUAAAUUUCUGGUGUCAAGAGGUCAACCAGAUCGAGCGUUGAAGGUGUUGCAAAGAAUCUAUACUUGUAACACGGGCCACAAAGCAGACCAAUUUCCCGUAAAAAAACUUAUGCAAGAACAGGAAAUCGCAACCACACUGACUGAGACUGACUCUUUCUUCUCCGCGCUUUGGCAGCAGACAACAGCUCUGUUUCGUCGUCCACUGCUAAAAGACACUCUAAAGCUCUUCUAUAUCGUCACUGUAAUCUACAUGACUGGCAGUGGCUUCAUCCUCUGGUUGCCUUAUAUUAUGAACAAUCUCUUUUCGGUGUUGGAGACAGGAGAAGGCGCAGGAAUGAAUCUCUGCACAGUCAUCCGAUACUCAACUGACAGUUUUGCAAAUGCGGCAAAUAACAACACAAUUCAAGAAGUUUGUAAUGAUAUAAUACAGCCAACUACACUUAUCUCUGCGAUGUCGUAUGGUGCCUUAGCCAGUUUAUCUAACCUGGUUUUGUCACUUACGUGUGGCUCCAGAAAGCGAUUGGCUAUGAUGGGAAUUGUAUUGCUAUCUGCGACAUCAGCUGUUCUGUUAAAUGUGGUCCCUAUCCCGAUUGCUGGGGGCGUGUUCUUUUUCCUGUUCCUGCUCUGUGCGCUGUCUAUGGGCAUCUUAAGCGUAUACUUUGUGGAACUUUAUCCCACAUCACUAAGAGGAAUGGCGUCAUGUCUUUCAGUGAUGCUGGGAAGAUCGAGCGCUUUCCUUGGAGUCAACGCUAUUGGAUACCUUAUAUCAGCCAAUUGUGAAGCAACAUUUUAUGGCUGGGCCAUUCUACUUUUAAGUGCCAUAAUCGUUACUUGGUUCUUGCCAAACGAUAAACAGCCACGGCAAUAA